CGAACAGUAGAAUUAAUUUAAAAUAAUGCGUUUGAAUUUUACGUUAUUAAAUUGUACAAUUUUGAAAUAAUUUGUUUUCACUGAAUCAUUGAUUACUAUAAUAAAAAACAUAGCUAUUAUAAAGUUGAUAAAUUUUUUGACAGCUGUUGAAAAGUUAGGUUAUGAAUGAGAAACAUAAAUGUGUGUAUGUGAAUCGUAAGAAUUGUAUCAGCGCCCCCUUUUUCCUGUAACUACACGUUGAAUGAUACUGUCAUGAAACUGUAAUGCUAAUACCUUCUAAAAUAACAUUUUCGUGGACGUCCCACGACCAAGAAUAGCUAAAAGAGUGAAGAGUGAAAAAGAGAUUUUUCUUUAAUCGAGAAAAAGAAGAGAGAUUUUCCAACUCGUGUAUAUGGGGCCAGAACCGUUUGUUAAGCGAGGGAAAUCGCACCCAGUGGAAGUGAAGUGAGGUGGUUUUUUUCUCGCCAAAGUGGAGGAAUAACGAAAAGUUUCGCAAAGUGGUUUACAAAGUGAGUUCGUCGCCGCGACAACAUGUCUCUCGAAACCAGGUCGAGCUCUGCGCUCUUCAAGCGGGCGGAACAGCUCAAGCGAUGGGAACAAUCGGACACAAAUCGCGAGCCGGCUCAGCCACGACAGAUCGCGAGGAAAAUCAAGUUUUCCGCGGACUGCGUGUUUUUGGCGGCGUGUGCCGCGGGCGAUAAGGAGGAGGUGAUACGCCUUUUGCAAAAGGGGGCUGACAUCAACACGGGCAACGUCGACGGCCUCACUUCGUUGCACCAGGCAUGCAUCGAUGAUGAUUUAGAUAUGGUGGAGUUUUUAGUUGAACAAGGCGCAGAUAUAAAUCGUGGAGAUAAUGAGGGCUGGACACCUUUACAUGCCACUGCCUCCUGCGGAUUUAUUUCAAUUGCUAAAUACUUAAUUGAACAAGGAUGUAAUCUCGCUGCAGUAAAUAAUGAUGGCGAAUUGGCUCUCGAUAUCGCAGAAAGCGAUGAAAUGGAAGAUAUGCUCCAACAGCAUAUUAAUAAAGCAGGUAUAGACUGCGAUCAAGCUAGAAGUGAAGAAGAGAGAUCGAUGCUAAAUGAUGCAAAAGCUUGGAGAUCCGGAGCUUUUGGUAAAGAUACAGUACAUCCUAGAACAGGAGCAACUGCAUUGCACGUGGCUGCUGCCAAGGGCUACAUAAACGUCAUGAACAUUUUAUUGCAAGCUCGAUGUGACGUGAACGCCCAGGAUUAUGACGGAUGGACGCCUUUGCAUGGAGCAGCACAUUGGGGCCAAUUAGAAGCUUGUAAACUCCUUGUAGAAAAUUUCUGUGAUAUGGAUAUUAAGAAUUAUGCUGGUCAGACGGCAUUUGACGUGGCUGACAGUGACAUCCUGAAAGGUUUAGAAGAACUAAAGAAGAAGCAACAAAUUUUAUUUAAAGACCAUCCUCAAAUCAUUAACAAGAAGCAACAGGCAAUACCAAAGAAACGUGUAUCUACAAAUAAAGAAAAUACAGUGAGUGAUCAGGAAGGUGUAGAAAUUUAUGAAGAAGAAACACCGAACAAAGUUAAGAAAGUUGAAUUAGAAAUUCAGUCUGAUAAGGAGGAAUCUAGUACGGGAACUAAUAGUGAAGUCGAGAAAAAGAAUAGAGUGAAUAGAGAUGAAACAGCUUCACAUAGUCCAACACCUUCCAUAGAGAGCAACAAAGUUCCUAAUCAGGCUUCAAUCAUGCCAAGUAAACAAGAGACUGAGAAUAACGAUGAAGGUUCCAUUCCUUCGUGGAGACGUUCUGGAUCUUUUAGAAAUAGAAAUCAAGAUUCAGAACCUGUUAAUUCUUUAUCUUCUAAAAUAGAAGAGAAGGAAAAGUCUAUAAAAUCGUCACAAUCACCAGUAAAAAUGAGAGAAGAACCUGAGGUGGUUUUGAGAAGAACCCACAGUUUCGAAACUGAUGAAAAGUUCUAUGAGCAGUACUUGGCAUUGCGAGCUCGUAUCAAGGCAUCUUCCUGCCCCACUCUCCAUCGUUGCAACCCAUCUUCUCCUACUCAUAACAACGCUGUGACCGCUCGCUCUGCGUCCCUGCGUGAAACCUUCAGGAAAAAGGACAUUAAAUUGAAUUUAGAUUUAUCAAAAGUACCUCAAGGGAAUAAUUUAUCGCAAUCGCUUUCUAAUAAAUCUUCGCCGGUCUCUUCACUGCCAGCAUCAACGAAUUUCACUACCACAACUACAACUGUAACUAGUCCACUUCCUGGAAAUCAAAUUCGCAGGUCUUUUGUGCCUCCGGUGAGAGAUGAAGAGAGUGAAACUCAGAGGAAGGCUCAUGCAAAGAGAGUGAGGGAGACGCGACGAUCGACCCAAGGUGUUACAUUAGAUGAAAUCAAAAGCGCUGAACAAUUGGUGAAAAAGAAGCAGCAGCAAAAUAAUGAUUCCCCUACUCCUACGGCGCCUUCGAUUCAGCCUGCGACUUCUGUGAGCAAUACCGCCUCGAUCACAGCUACCAUAACAACAGCUACGCCAACAACAGUGACAACAAGCAAAGCAUCCGAGGAGACUAAUUUGCCUGAGAGACGGCCGUCCUGGAGACUCAGGGUAGAUAACGGAAGCAAGUUCCAGUUAGAGGAUGCAAAUAAUAGAUCCAGCGAUGCAACGGCCUACAUUCGAAGACCUUCCGGUGGCUCUAACACUCCAAGGCCUAGUUCAGCUCCAGUUGACACUAUCACCGCCAGCACAGCUGAAACAACGGUCACUUUGCCUCUCAGAAGACCCUUGAAACCUCCAGAAGAUAAAGAACAAGACAAGGAGAAUGACAGUAGAAACGCACAAGCAACCCAAGCAGUUAUACAAAGGAGGCGAAGGCCAAAAAGAAGAUCAACCGGUGUGGUGCACGUGGAUAUGGACGAGAUAGAUCCUGAAAAGCAAGAUGUUUCAGCGGGUGGUGACUGCGACGAUUCGAAAAUUAAUAAUAAUGAGAGUGGGCAAGAGCGAUCAGGAAGAUCAAGUAGGCUAGGAUCAGUUUCGUCUAUAUCCUCAGAAACUCCUUCGCUGCCAACGAGAACAAAAUCUGUGACCUCGGAGAAUGGGGAGCUUGACUACAAAAAAUUAUACGAAGAAUCACAGGCAGAAAAUGAGAGGCUUCGAGAGAAACUUCGAAGAUCUGACGAACAAUUAAGAGAAGUUCGCGGUCUUCUGGAUAAAGCGCAAAGUACUCAAAAUAAAAAUAAUCUUUCGGAAAUGGAGAAAAGAGAGAGGAGAGCUAUGGAAAGAAAACUCUCGGAAAUGGAAGAAGAGCUUAAGGUGAUGGAGCAAUUGAAAUGUGAAAAUCAGAAAUUAAAGGAUGAAAACGGUGCCUUGAUUCGAGUGAUCAGCAAGUUAUCCAAGUAACUAAUGAUCCCACAGUUAAAAAGGCUACCCUAUCGCUUUAUCCAUCUCGUACUAUAUAUAUAUAUAUAUUAAAAAUUAAUUAUUAUUUUAUCUCGACAAGAAUCGACGUACUUCGAAAAGGAUUGAUCUUUGUGUUAGCUGUUUAAUUUAUUUUAAUCGAAUCAGUUACUCUUGUGGCUGUGCCAAAUGCGAAUGAGUAACUUCAUCUUUUUUAUUCCUUCGAUUUGGAAAAUUCAAGGAAUGCAGAAUGUCUAUUUAAUUUCUUUUUUCAUCGCCAUUUAAUGGAUUUUCUUCUUUCAAAUAAUUUUGACGUGAUUGUAAAUUAAAAGAAAAAAAAACAAGUUUUGAUCAUUCGAAAAGAUAGAAUUUUUUUU